AUGUCGACGAUUGUACAUUCGCUGCGCGACUACCGCCCACCGACGCGGGCGCAGCAGUUCGCCGACACGUUCGGAUUGCCUCCGGAUGAGGGGCCGUACGUAGAUGCCGCGGGCAUCCGCGCCGAGAUCGUCUCGGCUGUGCUCUCGCUCUCGAACCCGAACGAAGAGGGGCAGGAGGACCUGGUGUACGCGGGCCGUCUGACGCUCACGCCGUCGUUUUUGUGUUUUGCGAGCCAGGGAGACCGGGGCCGGGGGUGCCGUGUCGCGAUCCCGCUGAGCACCGUGCGGCGUGUGGAACGCCUCAACACCCGCGACGCCGUCUUUGCUUUGAGCAUCUCGGUCUGGCACGGGAUGCAGCUCAUCUUUCAGCUGAAUGCGCUGCGGCCGUCGUGCGAGGGCUUCUGCAACGCCCUACGUGAUCGGUUGCGUGCACACCUCAGCGAGAUGAAGCAGCUCAAGCCGUUCUUGGCCGGAUGCUACUCGGAAAUGAUGCUCAAAGAGUCGGGCGAGGAACCCGUCGAGGGGGACGCGCUGGAGCCCACGCCUCCCGCUGAGGGCACUUUGAUCGAUACAGAGCCGAGCGGAGGGGCGUAUGCCAAGUCGGCGAGCGACAUUCCGUACCACAUGGGCCUCGGCGCCCAGUUUGGCUUCCCAGGUGACCCGAAAAAGCUGAAAGAAAAAAGCAAGAUGCGGCUUUGGAAAGAGUACCUGCGUCUGCACGGCCGCAACAUUACGCUCCUGCGCUACCCCCAGUUUACGCGCCUCGUCCAGGUCGGCCUGCCGAACCGCCUGCGCGGCGAGAUCUGGGAGGUGAGCAGCGGCUCGAUCUACCGGCGUAUGGCGAACCUGGGCGUGUACCAGCAGAUUUUGGAGGAGCACAAGGGCAUGACGAGCAUCAGCACGGAGGAAAUCGAAAAGGAUCUGAACCGCUCGCUACCUGAAUACGCGGCGUACCAGUCGCCGGAAGGCAUCGAGACGCUGCGGCGCGUGCUCGUUGCGUACAGCUGGAAGAACCGCGAGUUGGGCUAUUGCCAGGCGAUGAACAUUGUGGUCGCUGCGCUCCUCAUCUACAUGUCAGAGGAGCAGUGUUUCUGGAUGCUCGACACGCUGUGCGAGCGUCUCUUGCCCGGGUACUAUACGCAGUCCAUGUCGGGCACGCUGCUCGACCAAAAGGUGUUUGAGAACCUUGUGCAGACGACCAUGCCCGUGCUUCACGAGCACUUUGUGCGCCACGAUAUGCAGCUGAGCGUCGUGACGCUCCCAUGGCUCUUGUCGCUGUACAUCAACUCGAUGCCAAUGGUCUUUGCCUUUCGCAUUGUCGACUGCUUCAUGGCAUUUGGCUCGCGCGUGCUCUUCCAGAUUGGCCUCGCGAUUCUCAAGAUCAACGGAGACGAUAUCCUCCAAGUCACAGACGACGGCACGCUCAUCGGGAUCCUGCGCAACUUUUUCCGGACGCUGGGCGACAGCGCCUACCCCGAGAGCCCCGACCCGCGGCGUCAGCAGGUGACGCGCUUCCAGCAGCUGCUUGUUGUUGCUUUCCGCGAGUUUAGCGUGAUCACCAACGAGACGAUCGAUGGCGAGCGCAAGCGUUUCCGCCAGCAGAUUGUCGACGAAAUCGAGGCAUUCGCACGCCGCUGUGCAAUCCGCAACCUCAAGGACCACGGGCACUUUGACAAAGCCCAGCUCGGCCUGAUUUACGACCAGGUGGUCGAGGCAAUCUACCGCGCCCGCCACGCGCCCGAGUCGCUCACCGGCACCGCGCCGGAAAAUGCAGCAGUGAUUCCGGCGGUGCUCGAUCCAAUGCAGGACCUCAAGGAGAUGCGCAUCAACCUCACGACCUUCCGCCUAUUCCUCGGCGAGAUUGCGACGUGGGCACGCGACGAGUACAUUGUCAGCAAUGGCCUGCAGGAACGCAUCGAGCGCCGCAUGCCUGAGCAGGACCUCGCGGCGCGCAUCUUUGCGUUCUGGGACAGGGACAACUGCGGCUCGCUCACGUUCCAGGACAUUGUCACCGGCCUCGACGAGCUGAUGAGCGCCGAGGGUGACGUCGCCAAGACCACCGAGUGGUUUUUCCGCCUACAUGGCCACGGAAAGGAGUUCCUCACCCGCAACGAGGUCCUGAUUCUCUCUGAGUCGCUCUUGUUUAUGUACCGCAACGAACCGGGUGACGACUGA